UAUUGCAUGUUUGAUAAAUAAGUGUGAUACUUUUUCAUGGUUAUGUGUAAACGGAAAAUUAAUGUCCUUGGAAAACGAUUAUUCUUGGAAAAUUCUACGGUUUCAAAGGAAACGGAAAUUGGGUACCUAAAUCGAGCGAAGUAAUGACGAGAAGCUGACUAACGAUGAGAUGAGCAGCAAUCCGAAAAAUGACAGCGUACCACAAGUCACCAGCGGAUAUUCCCUGGAUCGUGUUACCAGCCUGCGACAAUCUAACCUCAGGACAUUCCCGCCUUGACCUGCCCCUUCAACCUGAUCACAACAUCAGCGAACUUGAUCAAUUGUUCCACAUAGAAACACUCAACGUAACAUGUCUGGAACACGCUCCGCAAUUGACGAACGCCACCUUUCUGAAAGUGAUCGUCCUCGCCGUCAUGGCGUGCCUAAGUUUUGUUGCGAACGUGGCGACUAUUUGGUCGAUCGCGAGAAAUCGACGGAGACAACACAGCUGGUCAGCGAUUUAUACGCUGAUUCUGCAUUUGGCAGUCGCCGAUUUACUCGUCACGGUGUUCUGCAUUGGAGGAGAGGCUAUGUGGAGCUACAGCGUUCAGUGGAUAUGGGGAAACUUGGCGUGUAAGAUGUUCAAGUUCUUACAGGUGUUCAGCUUGUACCUGAGCACGUUCGUGCUGGUGCUGAUCGGGGUGGACAGGUUCGUGGCGGUUAGAUAUCCUAUGAAGGGACUCAAUACUGCGCAUAGGUGUAUCAGAUUGGUCGCUGUCGCGUGGAUAUUGUCUUUCGUCUUGGCUACUCCUCAGAUUAUUAUAUUUCACGUAGCUCGUGGACCAUUUAUUGAAGAAUUCACACAAUGCGUGACUCAUGGUUUCUACACAGAAACAUGGCAAGAACAACUCUAUGUAUCUUUAAGUUUGUUCUUUAUGUUCCUCCUUCCUCUAGCCAUUCUUAUCACCACCUAUGUUUCUACGAUAAUUACGAUCUCCAGAAGCGAGCGAAUGUUCAAGCUUGAAUUAACCAACAACAACAUGUACCACAUGAAUGGAAACAUAAACAUAAAUAGAAGAAAAUUAAUGCAUCGAGCAAAAGUAAAAUCAUUGAGAAUCAGUGUGGUAAUUGUGGCCGCCUUUGUCCUUUGGUGGACGCCAUACUACACGAUGAUGAUAAUACUUAUGUUCCUUAAUCCUGACAAACGCCUCAGCGAAGAAUUGCAAAGCGGAAUAUUCUUCUUCGGCAUGAGCAACAGUUUGGUAAACCCUUUGAUAUACGGCGCCUUUCAUCUUUGGCCACGAAGAAACCGUCAGAGUUCUAUUCACCGAGAAUUAUCAACGACACAACGGCGAAUGACACCGACGAGUAACAAUGAAAAUGGCUGCAGGCGAGGUUCACGCGAGAAUCGACUACCAUUAUUUUCCAAAAAUAAUUCGAAUACUAGUAUUUGAAGAGGACUAAAUACUAUUGCAGCAGCAGUAGUAGUAUUAAAAACAAUUAUGGAAUUUAAUAAUUCAAAUACUAGAUACGUGACGAAGAAAACACGAGUAACAAUAGUAUUAGUUAUUCAUAAAAAUUAUCUGAAAAUAGAUGUAAAAGAAUCGUAUAUUUGUUGCUGAGAACAAUAUAACAGAA